UUUCGAUUCUCAAGUCAAGCUAAUCAGCCCAGCUGUUUCCGUUUGUCUUUGUUUUCUUAAAAUUCUUUGUGUUUAUUUUGUAAUUUUCUCAUUAUUUCAUUAAAUUAAUGACAUCAGCGUGAUAAAAACAUAUCCAAUUAAUUACCAAGUUAAUAUAUAUAUCUAAUUAAAACAGUUUUUAAGUUGUCAGCUUAAAAUAGCUCUAUUGCGUCGCAGUUAAAUCGGCUGACCAUGGCUGAAAAGAUACGCAAAAAGGUUGACUCCAAAUCCGAGCCAGAAUUCCAUUCUCUGCCACCCCUUGAACCUCUUUCUUCACCACAAUUUUCACAUUCAGGCCCACCAAGCUUACCCGCUACUCCCUCGAUUUACCCUCAAUUACCAAAAGAUUCUGCACCUUGCCCGGUCCAAAAACACUACAGAGGCUUUUUGGAAGAUUACAUUGAAAAAAUUGAAGAAAUUCUAGAGAAGUUUUAUGAAAUUAAAAAGGGGGCUGAGCAGCAUCAUUACAAAAGCAAUUGUGCCAAAGUUUCUGGUACUGUUGUCAGUAGUACUGGGGUGGCUUUGGUUAUUGGCUCUUUGUGGUGGGCUCCAUUUACUGCUGGAAGUUCUUUGAUGCUUGGAGCAGGUGGUGCUGUUAUGUCAGUGACAGGAAGCUUAACAAACGCCCUUACAGAUUACAUUGACUACAAGACCUCUGCUAAUAUAAUGGAAGACAUCAAUGUGCUCCUAAAAGAAAAGGAAAUGUUUGAUUUGUGGAUGCAAAAAAGUCUUGCCCACUUCAAUGAGUGUAUCACUCAGCUAAUGGAUGAAGGUCUGAGCAGGGAUAUUGCUAUAUCGACAAUUAUUGAAGGUAUUGCUAAAGGGGUGAUAAACAUAAUGGAAAAACCCAACAAUCAAGUGAUAUCUUCCUUAAGCACUGCUGUUAAGCUGCACCAUAUACAGCAUAUUGCUGCAGAGACUUUGCCAGUGAUUGGAAAAACUUUUCACAUGACUGAAAAAAGCUUUCAAUUUAUUUAUAACAUAUUAGGCCUUACUGGCAGAACUGUGCCUUCUCUUAUUGCAAAUUUUGCUAGAAUCUCAGGAGUUUUGUCAGUGGCCUUUGCGGUAGCUGAUAUAUCAAUUUUGAUUAAAGAUCUAUGCUCAGAUCACCCAUCUGUUGAAAUUAUUGAUAAGGUUAUUGAAAAAUUAAAAGACCAACAAAACAUACUAAUGGAUUUAAUAGGGAUUUUGAAGGCUGUUGAAAACAAUGAAGAUGGUAUUUUUGAAAGGGCCAUGCUUGAUAUACAAAUGAUUGUCGAUAAGGAAGAUCUGUUGAAGGAUUUUGUUAUUGUUAAUGAUGACGAGUUUAAGGAAAGAGCUGGAAUUGCUGUGCAAUAGCUGUAAAUGAUAUUUUUAAUGAUACAUAUCAAUGAUAUUAUGUUAUAGUUUUAAGAGCAGAUUUGAAUAUUUUUUAAUGAAUAAAAUUAUACAGUUAA